AUGCUCGCCCCCACCGAUCCCACGCAGCGGCAGCAGGGGCGAGGGGCAGCCGAUCGCCACACCACAAGUUCUGCCAGAGUUGCAAGUCGAGCUAGCGGUGGCGUUCAAGGCGUGUCGAGGCGUGGCGGCAACACGGCUGUCGCCGGUGGUGGAGGCGAGCGGUCUUACCGGCGAACCGUAGCCGCGGUGUCAAGCGGGGCUCGAGUAGGUACCCGGGGCGGAAGGGCUGGUGACGUGGCGGCGGCGGCGGUGGCGGCUGCCGGAGGCGUGACCAGGAGGCCGAGCGACAGGCGUGCCUUGGUCGAAAUGCAGGUGGACCCGGACCGUCCUCUCCCCUUGCCUACGUUCCCGGGCCACGGGAAGCUUCUAGGGGGGGAAGCGAAGCAUCACAGCAAUAAACACCAGCAGCAGCAGGCACCAUCCGGGAACAAUCUGCCUGGCGAUCUCAAGCACCCGGGCAGCGGCGGUGGCGGCGGCGAGGCUGACCAACCAGGAGGAGGGCACUACCACGGGUAUUUCGUGCCGGGGGUGGUUGCCCCCAGGCAGCGGCAGAGUCACGGCCUCCCGCGAGAGCUUCGCGCCAUCUCCACCAUCCCGACCCCGGAAAAACGGUCAGCGAGUCGAGCCACCGCCUCCGCCAUUGGCCAGCGGCGUCGCGUGCGCUCGAGGUCUGCCUUAGCGCAGCCGCCGUCCGCCCGUAGGGCAGCGGCAGUGCCGGCGGCACCCCCGCUGCCCCGCCAAUCGGCGGAAGCAACGGCGAUAGGUCCAGGGAAUGGCGGCUAUGGUGUGUCUACGUCCCGCCCGGAUUCCGGGUCCGCGGCGGCCUUGGCGAGUGCCCGCGACCAGCGCAUGUCGGCCAGGAGGGCAGUGGACGCGCUGAGGAAGGAGAUGCUAGAGCGGGAGGCCAGGCUGGAGCGAGAGCUGGACAGGCUCAGGGACUUGCGAUCGCAACGCACCGCACCCGCUGCGGGCGCCGAAACCGGCCCGGCGCCGAAGGCGGCGCCUGCUCCGAAGGCGACGCCCGCCCCGGCGAUCGGUAGGAGGCGUGGUCCAACAGCAUCAGCAGCAGCAGCAGGAGGAGGGGGGGCCGCUAGCCGCGGGCGACGCCGAGCACCGCCGUCGUCGCGAGUGCAAGCGCCAACAGAGAAGCCUGCUGUUGCUGGUGCUGUUGCUGGUGCUGUUUCUCGAGACUCUGCCGACGAGGAGGCGGAAGGGGCCGAUAACGACGGCGAUGAGGGUGGGCGGGGUUCACGACCGGUGGCUCGAUCAGUCGAGACGGCCGACGCGCAGGCUCAGACGGCAGCCGACGGGGUGCAGCUGUACCUUCACCCCCAGCCUGCGAUCCGCAAGGCACUCCGACUGGGCGCCAACCAACCGUCGCCGAAAGGCCACGCGGCCGGCGCUCAUCACCAGCAGACGAGGAGUGCAGGAAACGUUGUCGAAGAGCACUACCUCGAUGAUGCGUCCUUCUUGUCCCUGAGUCGCCAGCUAGGCGGGCGGCGGCACGUGUCGCCGCCGGGUCCCGUGGUUUUCGUGGAGGGAGAAGGCCGAAACCGUUCCUGGCGGCCGGCCGACGACGACCGACUGCUCCGGGGGGAAGGAGGCUCCUCCGCCGCUGCCUUUGGCGCCACAAGCGCUACUGGCGCCGGCGGCGCGGAGGAUCUCGACGGCGGAGACGCCAGGCUUAUCCUCGCCGCUAAGGAAGGGGGUCGGGAAGAGGACGACGAUGGUAGGCCGGAGCGGGAUAUUCGGCUCACUACUGGGCGGCUCGAGGCGGCGGCAGUAGCGCCGGAGUCGGUGCAGAACGGCGCGUGGGUGGAGCUAGCCGGCAUGUUGGCGAUGUCGGCUGCUCCGCCGACGGCCAGGCCGUCGAUCUCUGAGACGCCUUCUGGUGAGGGUGAGGGGCAGGCUGGGAAGAACUCGACGGAGGCAGCGGCGGCUUCUCCCGAGCUGUUGGACCUCAUGCGAGAGGUGGUGGGGCAGCAGCGGGAGAUGGGGGAGGAGAGGUCGGCCCUCAUGCAGGCGAGAGGAGCCCUUCGUGCGGAGGUGGAGAGCCGGCGCGUCCUCUUGGCCAAUCAGGAGCUCUCCCUUAGAGAGCGGGAGCUGGCCCUCGACAGGAGGGAGGCCGAAUCAGGGGCGGCAUCAGCUGCUUUGCGGCUCACUGCCGCUGCUGCUGCUGGCGCGGACUCAACCAAGAGCGAAGAGGAGGGAAAACGCGGGUCUGCAGACGGAGGGCAAGGGGAACAGCAGCUGGUUGAUCGACCUACUCUGACGGACAGGUUCUGGCCAAUCACAAGCGAGCACGAGGCGGCGGAAUUGGCAGAAGAAUCGGGGUCGGUCACAAAGGGGGAAGAAGGUCCGCGGAUGGGCGUACAAGGCCAAGGUGUCGCGGCGGCGAAGGUGGUGGCGGCUAGAGACGACGGGGGCACCGAGAAAGAGAAGGGGGAGGCGGGGGGUGUAUCGGCACAGCAGCCACCGCCACAAACCUUCAGGGCAUUUUAUUUAAUCAAAACUCUGUACAUACCGAAAGCGUCUGACUACCUGUUGUUCUCUGUCGAAACAAGAAGGUCGAACCUGGGGCGCGUGCUUGCGGCCGGGAGUGGGUGGCGAGACGUCUCUCUGGAGGAAGAUGGCGAUGGAGCGGCUGAGAAGGUCUUCAAAACUUCCUUGGGUCGAGCCUUGGCCGGCGGUCCGGGUGGCGCCUUGGAGGGAGAGGCCGGUGUCCUCGGCGUCGGCGGCGGGGCCAAUAUCGGAUCCGGCCGAUCCAGCACAAGUCGUGCCGCCGGCGAACCGGAUGUUCAGGAACUCCUGUGGGAAGCUGGGAGAAGAGGGGACGCGGAGGAUCUAUCCCCUGAAACGGCCGUCAGGAAGCGAGCGUCGGCGCUGGAGUCUCGCAGGUUCCUCACGGCGAUGACUGAGUCCGAGUCAAAGAGGCGUGCCGAAAGUCGGGAUGGCGGACAUUCAUCCCCUGAGCGUGAUGUUGAUGGAGACAACGAGGCGGAGGCAUUGGAGCAAGAUGCGCGCGUCAAGGCUGCUACAGAGGGUAGACAUAGACAUCCCACUCCCGACUCCCCACUUUCAGUCUCCUCUACCGUACGACAACAAGAACAGCAGCAGCUGGAACCACGGCAAGAGGGUCGAGGUGGCGAGGGGCUGCACCUUUCUCUGGCCACUGCCGUGCUAUCGGUGGCCCAAAGACUUAGCACAGUGGAGGAGAGGGCCUUGGCGAGGGUGGAAGGGGCGGAGGGUUUGGCCAGGAAAGCGAUGGAGGAGACAAGGAGAGAGGCAUUCCAGGGUUUUUGA